CUCCUUUUUUUUAUUUCAGGUGGCCGCUCAGCCACAUUCACCUUCAGGAACAACUGCCGCCAAACGGUGUGGCCCGCCACGCUGUCCAACCCCACCGCCCUCCCGCUCUCGAAUACCGGCUUCCAGCUCGCCCCCUCGGCUUCCCUCUCGAUCACCGUCCCGGUCAAGUGGGCCGGCCGCAUGUGGGUCCGGACGCUUUGCUCCACUGAUGCCUCGGGAAAAUUCUCAUGUGCCACCGGCGACUGCGCCACCGGCCAGGUUUCCUGCCUCGGCUCCGGGGGCAUCCCACCCGUCACCCUCAUCGAGUUCACCCUGCAGGGCUACCAAGGCAAGGAUUUCUACGACAUCAGCUGCGUAGAUGGCUUCAAUAUUCCGCUCUCGGUGGCCCCGCAGGGCGGAGCGAUGGGAUAUUGCAAUGCUAUCGCCUGCUCGGCUGAUAUCAAUGCGCUGUGCCCGCCGGAGCUGCAGGAGAAGGCAGAGGAUGGCAGUGUGGUGGGAUGCAAGAGCGCUUGUUUGGCUUUUAAUACGGAUCAGUACUGCUGCAGGGGAGCCUAUGGGGGUCCAGGCACAUGCAAAUCCACGCACUACUCCCAGAUAUUCAAGGAAGCCUGUCCUCACGCUUAUAGUUAUGCCUACGAUGACGCUAGUAGCACCUUCACUUGUGCAGAGGCUGAGUAUCUCAUUACGUUCUGUCCUUGA